AUGGCAUCGACCAACGAAUUCCGCCUUGGAGUCGACGUCGGCGGUACCUUCACUGACGUGUGCGUCUUCACUCCGAACGGGGAGACAGUCCGCGCCAAAGUCCCCACCACGCCCAACCAAACGAUCGGGAUUAGACACGGGAUCGCGAAAGUGCGACGGGUUCUCAAGGAGCGGUAUAACUGGGAUGGGACAUUUAGGUUCAUUCAUCAUGGUACCACCACGGCGACGAAUGCCGUGUUAGAAGGCAAAGGGGCGCGGACUGCCCUGGUGGUCACGGCUGGGCAUAAAGAUAUUCUGGCUGUGAGGCGCUCGCAGAUUCCUGGGGGCCUUGGAGCGUGGCUUUAUUACACCCCUCCUGAGCCGCCGGUGCCGCUGGAGAGGGUGGUUCAGUGUGCGGAGAGAAUGUCGGUUAGUGGGGAGACGGUGGUGGAGGUGGAUGGCGAGAGGCUGAAGGGGGAUUUGCUAGAGUUGAUGGAGCGGGAGAGGCCUGAGGCGGUGGCAGUUUCGUUGCUGAGUUCGUAUAAAAAUCCUGCUCAUGAGGAGGCUGUUGCGAAGAUAAUUCGAGAGAAUUAUCUGCGCGAGCUGUCCGAGCAGUUGGCGUCGGAGACCGAGGCGAUUCGGGUGUUGAAGAGUGAUGGUGGCUUGACGAGUGUCGGCCUGGCUGGGAAAUUCCCCGUGAAUAUCUUGAUGUCUGGACCGGCUGGAGGAGCCAAAGGAGUGGCUGAUGCGGUCGCUCGAAGCACCCCGUACAAAAACCUCAUUACUCUCGACAUGGGAGGGACUUCGACGGACUGUGCGCUCAUUUUGGAUGGGAAGCCACGUAUCCGUCGAGAUACUGUUGUCGAUACCCUAACAGUUCGUGCACCGGCCGUAGAUAUUCAUACCGUUGGUGCUGGAGGUGGCUCAAUCGCGACAUAUAUGGAGCUCACUGAGACCUUGCGGGUUGGGCCAGAGAGUGCUGGGGCAGCACCAGGUCCAGCCUGUUAUGGAAAAGGGGGAACAGAAGCGACGGUCACCGAUGCAAAUCUCGUCUUGGGAUAUUUGCCUCAUACUCUAUUGGAUGGUGAAUUCUGCUUGGAUACCGAGGCAGCAAAGACCGCGAUUCAGAAGCUUGCCACGGCAAUGGAUCUUCCUCUCAGACAAACGGCAGAGAACAUAAUUAACAUUGUCAAUGAAACAAUGUAUGGUGCUGUUCGAUUGGUCUCUGUUGAACAGGGAUAUGAUCCAAGAGACUUUGCACUCGUUGCCUUUGGUGGUGCUGGACCCCUGCAUGCCAAUGCUGUAGGAAAGCUUCUAGGCGCGUGGCCCGUCAUUGUCCCUCCGUCUCCAGGCAUUCUGUGUGCACAGGGCGAUCUGACAACCAAGUUGAGUCAUGAGCAGUCCGUGACCUUUACUCGGCUUGUGAGAGAUACCUCGUCGGAGGAACUGCAACGUCAGGUGGAUGAACUGGAAAAACACUGCGAACAGAUAAUGCGAGAGUCUUGUGGUUCAGACUGGCCUAUGCCAUUGGUUGCCACGUACGAGGUCGAUGUCCGAUACAAAGGACAGGCUCUAACCAUCACCAUCAACCUCUUGCCCGACGAAAUCCAACUAGAUGAUCAGGCUUGGCGUUGCGUUUUACAAGACGCAUUCAACAAAAAGCAUCAACAGCAAUUUGGCUAUUGUCUUCCCGACUUUGAACUCGAGCUGAUGCGUAUCGGCGUAACCCUCGUGGACGGCUCCUCAGAUGUGGAGCUGCCAGUAGUCCCUAAAGCGGAAUCUAGCGAGCCUACAUCCUCGGCCGUCAUUGGCACGCAGAUUAUUAUCAUCGAGGGCCAAGAACAGGUAGCGACGGUGUGGGAGCGAGAGAAGAUCACGCUCGAAGGCAUCCGGGUUACAGGACCCUGCAUCAUCACGGAAAUGGACAGCAACACACUGAUUCUUCCAGGCUAUUCAGGUGAGAUCGAUCGGCUCGGCAAUAUUCUCAUCCAGCCGAUUGCAAAGCAACCAUCCCCAACGACGCAGCAUACCUCAGACUCAGCAGCAGACUUGAUGCACAGUAACCCGCUCAUCGCAACUCUGGUAGCCUCUUCACUGGCAUGCAUCCGUGGCGAAAUGGACAAAUUGAUGCUUCGCUGCAGCAUGUCCCCUGCUAUCCGCGAACAGCAAGACGAAUUCAAUGUCAUCACAACUGCAGAGGGCAAGAUGCUCGUAGGCCAAUUCGGCAGCUUCAUCAAGGAGUUCCUUGAGGUGUGGACGGGAAGUAUCGAAGAAGGCGAUGUGUUCAUUACCAAUGACACAUACAUGGUCAAAGGGGCUGUCAGUCACUUGAACGAUGUGAUUAUCAUCCUUCCCAUCUUUCAUGAACAUCGGUUGAUCGGCUGGGCUUCUCAAUUUGGACACCUGACCGAUGUCGGCGGCAUGGUUCCGGGAAGCCUGUCCAUCAACGCCACCUCCAUCUAUGACGAUGGAGUCCAGAUUCCAUGUAUCAAGCUCUACUCCCGAGGGGUGAUGAACAGUGACCUAGUCGAUCUGCUAUGUCGAAACUCCCGUCAACCGGCAUGGUAUCGAUCGGAUCUGACGGCUCUGGUGACGGCAUGUCGCAUGGCAGCAACGCGCAUCUCCGAGCUGGCCACCCGCUUCGGAACCGAGGUGUAUCUAGCUGCCUGUCAGGAGCUCCUACUUCGGAAUCGAACGGGUCUAGCCAAGAUUGUAGAGCGUCAGUUCGACGAUCAACUCAGCACAUUUACCGACUUUGUCGAUGACGACGGCCACGGCGUUGGACCCUGGGCCGUAACAUGCUCAAUGCAGAAGACCAGUGCGGGAGGGUUAAAGUUCGACUGGAGUGGUACUUCGCCCCAGAGCGAGCACAGCAUCAACUUUUACCUCUCCGAGACCAUGUUCAAGAUGCUCGUCGGAUACUACCUCAUUGCCGCUGCCGCCCCGGGAACCGUCAUCAACAACGGGUUCCACGACCUCAUUGAAGUGCGUAUCCCCGAGGGCACCGUUCUAAAGCCAGUCCGCCCUGCUGCAAUUUCCUGUCGCACUCACUUCCUAGGUCGAACCAUGGACGUGAUCCAAGCGCUGAUCGGGCAGAAGAACGAAGCCUAUGUAGCGGCAGCUGGAUUCAGCGACUCGCCCCAUUUCUUCUACUCCGGAUACUAUCCCUCUGGAGAAUGGUAUCAACUAUAUCAGAUUGGAUUUGGUGGGGUUCCGGCCCGCGCAGCAGGCGACGGACUGGACUGUCAUUGCUUGUUCCCCGCCAUCAAGUCGAUUCCAACGGAGAGCAUCGAGCUGAAUUACCCCCUUCGGAUUGAGGCGAACGAAAGUGUCGCAGACAGUGGUGGCCCGGGAUACUUCCGAGGAGGCAAUGCGCAACGAACCCUGUAUCGAUUCCUGGCGAAAGGAGAGAUCAGCCUGCAUGAUGAUCGGUGGUUCACGAACCAUGGGGUCUCAAAGGGGGGAAGCCGGGACAACGUUCGCGGAAGAUCUUGUAUCGGUAUCCUCGCGGUGCCGAUCGUCCAGUGA